AGCAGCCAGAUUUAGCUUGGUAAACAAAGAAGAGAACUAGCGAGCUAACGGUCAUGCCAAUACAUUUUUUCGCACAAAAACGUUCUAAAAUUGUGAGUAUAGUACAGGACAAAACGUCAAAACGUUACACAUAGUCAUUAUCUAAUGACUGUGUCUUUAUAAUGACAUGAAAUGUCAUUUAACAGUUUCAUGGAACGUAGCUAACCAGUAGCUAACUGGUUAGCCGUUCAGUGAGGCUUUGCAUUGAUUCGCGUAACGUUAGUGAGAAAAAUGAAACUAAACGGCUUGAUCGAUAUUGUAAGAGACCGUCUGAUAAUUAAACGAUGUAUACUGGUUGACCAUUUUUAGCCUAUUUCGUCUAUUCUCUACUAGAAAACAAAAUGUCUGUAAUCAAAUCUUUACGAAUCAGUCGGAUAGGCAGAUAAAACCGUGCUAGCAGAUAACGGGUGGAUUGAAAGCACGAAUAAAAAUAUAUAUAUAUAAAUAAGCAAUAUAACGUUAAUUAGCCCAAACGGCUGUCAUGAAAUAAUAAAUCCCAGUUCAGGCAAUUGGGGUGAAAUGUUCAAUCUGAUGGCGAACUGCUGCAACUGGUUGAAACGAUGGAGAGAACCUGCAAGGAAGGUGACAUUGGUAAUGGUUGGACUGGACAAUGCUGGAAAAACAGCUACUGUCAGAGGAAUCCAGGGAGAAAGCCCUUUAGACGUAGCACCUACAGUGGGCUUCUCAAAGGUGGACCUGAAGCAGGGGAAGUUUGAGGUCACAAUCUUCGACUUGGGUGGUGGAAAGCGUAUCCGCGGCAUUUGGAAAAACUACUACUCUGAGUCUUACGGAGUGGUGUUUGUUGUGGACUCCAGCGAUGUUCAAAGGAUCCAGGAGACCAGAGACACAAUGGCUGAGGUUCUCCGGCACCCUCGUAUUGCAGGCAAACCUGUUUUAGUGUUGGCUAAUAAACAGGACCGAGACGGGGCAUUGGCUGAAGCAGAUAUCAUUGAGACCCUGUCAUUGGAGAAGCUUGUCAAUGAGAAUAAAUGCCUCUGUCAGAUUGAACCCUGUUCUGCAGUGCUGGGUUAUGGUAAGAAGGUUGACAAAUCCAUCAAGAAUGGCCUUAACUGGCUCCUAAAUAACAUUGCCAAGGACUACGAGGCAAUUUCAGAGCGUGUACAAAGAGAUACAGCUGAGCAGAAAGCUCAAGAAGAACAAGACAAGAAGGAAAGAGCAGAGAGAGUCCGGCGGAUCAGAGAGGAGAGAGAUAGACAGGAGCGAGAAGAAGCAGAACGAGAAGGAAGGACACUGAAAGAGGACGAUCUAGAUGACGUCGACAUGCCCAAUCCUUUCCAGCCAAUAAACAAUGUUGUUACUGAGAAUGAAGACAAACUGAACAAAGAGAAAGAAAUGCAAAGGCAGAGAGAAAAUGGCCAGCAGGGCACUGUGCAAGAACAGACAGUCCUUCAAGAUGAGGAUGAAGAGGAAGAGGAGGAGGACGAAGAGAGCGAGAGACAGACCCCAGAGAGCACAGAAUCAGGAGCAGUGGACCAGAACAAAAAGAAAACUAGGAAGUUACGAUUGAAACGUAAGCACAGAGUCGACCCUCUCAGAGUGGAAGAAGCAGUGCCCAAAAGCCCAACCCCUCCUCCUUUACCAGUUGGAUGGGCUACUCCUAAAGCCUCUAGGCUCCCCAAACUCGAGCCUCUUGGAGAUACAAGACAUUCUGAUUUCUAUGGCAAACCUCUCCCACCCGUAGCAAUUAGGCAGAGGCCGAACAGCGAUACUCAUGAUGUAAUUUCCUAACACUACCUCUGCUUCCCCCGCCCCCGGCUGGUUUACAAUUCUCAAGGGUCCCAACCAAUCAAAGUAUUGUUUUGUUCUUAUCUUCAAGCGCGGGCAGUGUAGCAAACCACGCAGAUGCAAUUGCCCAGAAGCGAGGAACUGAUACCCAAUCGACAAACCCAGACGGAUCACAUGACCUCGAAGCACCUAUUGACCGGCGGUCGGCAGAAGCUGUGUUUAAUUGAGAUGGGGGACAUGGACAUUUAUUCUCGGAUAAUGUGCUCUAAUUUCGGUUCAACGUUUUGAUUUCUUCAGAACCGUUUGUCUUGUUUUAAUCGAAAUACUUAAAAUCAGUAUUAACAGACAUUUGAAAGUUGAUUGAAACUUCUUUGUCAAAAAUAUAU